CUCCGCCGCCGCCGCCGACGCCGCCAAAAUCCGAGCCCGUCUUUCUAGGCCGGCCCCAGCUUCACGCCCCAUCAUCCCGUUCUCCAACACCACAACCAUCCGUUUCACUCUCCAUCUCCUCCCCUCCCGAGUCCCUUGAUCAAACGACAACGACGACGAACGGGCCGCGACCCGAAUUGCGAGCCUGAGCCUUGCCCCUCAUCGGCGCACGACUUUCAUCCUCCCAAACGAGCCACGCCUGCCGCAGCGCAUCUGCAGCGCACUGCCAGGGCUCUUUCACCCCCCCGCGCCGGGAGGAUCGGGGCGCUGCGUCCCGCUCACAAGCUUCACCCCCCGACUGACGAAGCGACGCCUUGUGCGCCCGCUGGCCGUCGCCUCUCAUCCUGUAUCACCGUCGCACACGCGCAUAUACCCUAGUACAAAAGCCCCCUUCGACACAAGGCGUUCGUCAAACGCGAUUAAGCUCACGACCGCCCACCAUGCCUGGGUCCUCGGACAACGGCUCCUCGAGCAACGGCAAAGAGGUGCCCCAGAGCCCGCCCGGCAGCGAUACCAUCCACGCCGCCUCCGCCGGCGACUCCGCCAUUCCCGACAAUGCCAGCGUCCCCAAGCCCAAGCGCCUCGCGUGCAUGAUCUGCCGCAAGCGCAAGCUCAAGUGCGAUGGCGUGAGGCCCAGCUGCAGUACAUGCUCGCGCCUCGGCCACUCGUGCGCCUACGACGAGCAGAGGAGGAAGAGCGGCCCGAAGCGCGGAUACGUCAAGGCCCUCGAGGAGCGCCUCAAGCAAGUCGAGACUCUGCUCAAGACGCAAGAUCCGGCCCCGGCCAACACGAGCCCUUCAAAGGCCAUGGGCAUGUCCAUGUCCGGCACGCGCAAUCCCGCUGCCGCCAACGGCCUGCCCGUCGCCAACCCGCCCAUGGGCAUAGCCGGAGACCACGAUAUGGAUGGCCGGUGGCAACACUUCAACGGCGAGUCGCCGCGGCAAGGCGCCAUGGACGACUUCAACUUCAACGCCAAUAUUGGCAUGCCCAUGAACAAUGUCGGCGGCAACUUCACCUGGGAGAUGAUCGGCCUCGGUCUCGAGGAACCCUUGCCGCCGCAGGAGACGAUUGAUGAGCUGCAUCAGGUCUACUUUGAAAAAGUCCAUCCCUCGGUGCCCAUGAUUCAUCGCUACCGCUAUCUCGCCGCCAUGAAUUUGGCGCCAAAUCAGCGACCACCAGUCUGCCUCCGCUACGCCAUGUGGACGAUGGCUUGCUCCAUCACAGACAAGUAUUCCGACCUCAAGGACCUCUUCUACCAGCGGGCGCGCAAGUAUGUCGAGGCCGACUACGUCAAGGGCUACGGCGAACACAUGAUUUCGGUCGCACACUGCCAGACGCACAUUCUGUUGGCCUGCUACGAGAUGAAGAUGAUGUACUUUCCCCGAGCGUGGAUCAAUACCGGCUCGGCCGUUCGCCUGGCGCAAAUGAUCGGGCUGCACCGCUUAGACGGCCAAGGUCUGGACGUGAAGCAAUGUUUGCCACCGCCAAAGGACUGGACGGAACGCGAGGAGCGACGCCGUACCUUUUGGAUGGCCUUUUGCGAGGAUCGCUAUGCCAGCAUCGGCACCGGAUGGCCCAUGACGAUUGACGAGCGCGACAUCAUGACCAAGCUGCCCUCCUCGGAAAGUGCCUACGACAUGAGCCGCCCCGAACAGACGCAGACUCUCGCCGAGUGCACCGGACCGAAUGGGGCCGGCAAACUGUCGUCGUUUGGCGGCAUCGUCCUCAUGGCCUGCCUGUUUGGCCGCAACUUGGUCCAUCUGCACCGUCCCGACGACGACGAUCUCGACCACGACCUCAACGGCCCGUUCUGGAAGCGCCACCGCCAGAUGGACAACAUCCUGCUCAACACCUCGCUCUGCCUCCCCGCUCACCUGAAACUGCCGGGCGGCCUCAACAACCCCAACGUCGUCUUCACAAAUAUGAGCAUACACACGUCGACGAUUUGCUUGCACCAAGCCGCCAUCUUCAAGGCCGAGAAGAAUAAGCUCGCGGCGUCGGUCAGCUCCGAGAGCAAGGUGCGGUGCAUAACGGCAGCCAACGAGAUUGCCAGCAUCAUGCGGACCAUUUCUCACAUGGACUUGUCAUCUAUGAACCCCUUCAUUUCGUUCUGUCUUUAUGUGGCGGCUCGAGUUUUUGUACAGUACCUCAAGAGUCGGCCAGACGAUGCGCAGACGGCGGAUUCGCUACGAUUCCUCCUGUCGGCCAUGAACGCUCUGAAGCGCAGGAAUCCCUUGACGGAGUCGUUCCUCGUCCAGCUGGACGUUGACUUUGAGGCGCUGGCCGCGCGCAUCCCCAAGUUGAGGAACGCAUUCCCUCGGCCCGAAGACAGCCCUGGCAUGGGCAACGGGGCUGGAGGCAAGAACCAACCCAUAUGUGACGACCCCGAAGGCGUGCAAGGCAUCAUGGCCUACCGCAACGAGUGCCACUUCAUGAAGAUGUCCGGGGACGACGGCAACGCGGCGACGGCACCAGAUCUGGUAGACUCAAACGAAAGCACCGCGCCGCCGGGCUUUGCGCAGGCGUGGCUCUCGGCUGACCAGCAGUCAUUACCGGUGCUGACGCCCAGUUCGGGCACCAUGUACGACAAGAGCGGCGAGAACCAGGAUGCGCAGGGAUCGCCCGACGGCGGACCGUCGAACGGACCAACGCCAAACUCGAGCGGCACCGGGUCAGAUGUCAAGCCACACUUGGGAGCCGGCCACAUGAACGGAGCAGCACCGGAGGCGACGUUCCGGCCUCCCAUAUCACCGCAGCAGAACAUGAUCAACCCCCCUCACGGCAUGGACACGGCGAACCACCAGAACUUCUUUGGCGAUUCGGGCUUCAUCCCGCAGAGCAUACCCCAGCAGGGCAACGGGUUUGGGAUGCCGACCGGCUCCUGGGAGGACAUGAACGGGCAGCCAGCGGGCAUGCAGCAUGUCGGUGAGGGUGUGCUGCGAGCUCUCAUGAACAUGGGCCCAAUGGACGCCAUGGACCUCUCGUCGUGGGACAAUGGGGCCGACACACACAUGAGAGGGUGACUCGGACGGAAGGGUGGACAGAUGUUUUCUGUUUGAAACAAGAGCGGCAACGUCGGGGAUCCGUCUCAUUCUCUAUGACGGCACGGUGGACAGCGCGGAUGUGCUUUUUACGGUUUGCGAGCGCGCGCGGGCCAGCUGUGCCAGGCGGACAGCGGCAUAUGGGACAAAUGGCGUUCAAACGAUGUACUACCUGGCCGCCGACUCUCGUUUUCUAUCUUUUAUCCUCUUUUGGCGGCCGGGAUGGUUGGUGGGCAGGCAUAUCUUUUGGGCGGACAGGGUGGAGGGGGAUACUGAUCAACAAACUAACUUACUAUUUGGAUGUACUACUACUACUACUACUACUACUACUACUACUUGAUAUAUUUUACGUCAGAGAGAGGAGGGACCGGCAGGAGAGACGACGACGACGACGACGACAACGACAACGCUGCCGCAGCUGCAAAGUGCAUACGUUGACGGCUGGUUUGGCUGUUUUUAUUCUUGGGGCUUGGAUGGCCAGGCGAGUCGGGUUGGGUUAGUGCUAUGCUUGGAUAAUGAAAAAGACACCCCUUCACUCGCGCAAUCGGUCUGUCUGUGAGGCGCGCGCAUGGAGAAGCUGCUCCAGAG